AUGCUCGACAAGCUCGCUGAGCUUUGGAGAUCUAAAGUCCGAUUAAUCAUCACAGGGAAACUUGAUUUUUCACCAGCGGAAAAGAUGUUUCGUCGGCUUUACUCUACGGCUAGAGCCCACAAAACCCCAGUGAAGACCCGAUUCCCUACAAAGUACAACCCUGUACGAAGUGCUUACAAGCAGAAAAUUCUUCUGCCCGAGGGUCUUGUCUAUAAUCCCAGCCCGGCAGCCCCCACCGCAUGGGAGACUCCUGCUGCCUUCGUUCCGAAGAGCGACAAACGCACUGUGUUGAAAGAUGCCAAGCCAUAUGAUAUUGCCAACAUGCCAGCACUGAAAACACCAGCAGAAAAGACGACCAACCUGACGGAGGCCGAUGCCAUCGAGAUCCAGCGUCUACGAAACGAGGAGCCCGAAAAGUGGACUCGUAAGGCUUUAGCGAGCAAGUAUUCUGUUUCCGAGCAUGUCAUUGGCAUUUUGUCGAAGCCCAACGCAGAGCGGGCCCAGGAAAUGAACUCCAGACUCGCCACUAUCAAGAGCAUCUGGAACGACAAGCGCACUCGUGCUCGCGAGCACAGACAACGCCGCAAGGCCUUUUGGCUUCGCGAUGCAUAA